GCCAGUUAACUCUGAGGGAAAAGCCUUUCUGAGAGGAGUCAGCAAUGCUUGGGAUGAGCUCUGAGGCCUGUCACAUUGUUGUUAGUCUUUAGUUCAGGGGCAGCUUGGCAAUAAGGCCUGGUGCACUUUAGCCAAAUUAACCUACCAAGUUAGAGACUGUUUUCAAAGCUUUAUUUACUCUGCAGAGCAAAGCAACCCUGGGAAUAAUUUCCAGAGCAGGGCAGCACCCUAAUGGGGACUGCCAAGGGGUUUUAUAUAGGCAGAAACAGUUUCAGCAGAAUCAGCAAUAACAACAAACCUGUCAGGUAGACCAGUAAUACAUCACCAUAUUGGUCUUUAAAGAUUCUACGCCUUCCUUUGUUGUGUCAUAAACACUAUGUAUCCUGCUGAGCUACUUCUUAUCCGCAACCUUCCCGGCCUGUGAUUAGCGCGUCCUGCAGGAAGGCACAGCAAUUUCACAUAUUGUUGCUAAAAUCAAGGUCUCUACGGCAAAUGGAUCUUACUGAGAGGCAGCAACAGCAGACCCUCAUAAAAAGAGUCUUUGGAAGAUGUAUUUAUCAUACAUAACCAAAUCAUACAAUACUGCUAGGAACAAAUGAAAGGAUUUGGAUGUAAUAUUAUCAAGAGUUGCAGUCCUGUAUUCUGGAGCAAUGCAAUCACCCUUAUGAAUAUAAGAUGAGGGUUCUCAAGGAGUAUAUAAGAACUGUAAAUAGAGAUGACUCAAGGUUACAUACCUGUAUAUGUUUGAAAUGUCAUUCCAUCACUUCCAACAAAGCAAAAAACAAAACAGAAAAUUGCUUGGGACCCCAAGCCUGGAUACCCUGGGCCACAGGCACCAUAGGGGUAUCAUCAGUAUGCCUCAGGAACAGUUUUUCAAAGUUAAGUAAUCAGCUGCAUCUGGAUACAAAGGAUCUGGUUGGAUCAAAAAAUUGCAGACAUGUUGCUGGGAUGUCCAUAUUUAAGCCAUACAGCUGCUUAUUUUCUGCUCCCAGGCACUCCUGAUCAGCCUGCCCAUAAUCUCCCAGUUCCACUUUACCGUACUACAAUGUGGAUGCCAGCACCAACUGUGGUGCCUCUCAACUGUCCUUCUGGAUUAGAACAUUUAGCUCAGAUUGAUCAGCUGUUUAUUCAUCAGCAUCUUGAGCCCAUGGGAAUGAUAACUGGCUGGUUGGAAAUUCCCAACAGAUAUGACUUAAAAAAUACUUUGGGGCAAAAGAUAUACUUUGCUGCUGAGGAAGAUGAUUGCUUCACACUAAACUGUUGUAUUCCAUCAGUCAGACCUUUUACAAUUAAGAUCUUCAACAACUUGGACCAAGAAGUCAUAGAGCUCCGAAGACCUUGCAAAUGCUGUUGUUCAUGUUUCUUUUGGUGCUGCAACAAAUGUACUUCUUGUUUGCAAGAGCUUGAAGUUCACGCUCCACCAGGAACCCCUAUUGGUUAUAUUAAAGAGACUUGCCAUCCUUGCCUUCCUAAACUUUCUAUCCAAAAUGAAUUCAAAGAGGAAGUACUGAAAAUUGCUGGACCAUGUAUAAUGUGCGUAUGUUGUAAAAAUACCAAUUUCGAGGUGAUGUCAAGAGAUGGGCAAUAUUCAGUUGGAAGAAUUACAAAGCACUGGGCUGGCUGCUUAAGGGAGACAUUUACAGAUGCUGACAACUUUGGAGUCCAAUUCCCAAUGGACCUUGAUGUCAAAAUGAAAGCCGUCAUUAUUGGGGCUUCCAUCCUCCUAGAUUACAUGUAUUUUGAAGGUGAACGGAGGAUGUCGCGAGCAGCAGUGAUUUAGUUCAGAAGGCAACACUGUUCCAUCAACACUUCAUGACUCAGCAUGACAGUCAUUGUAUUUUAUGUAGUGAAUUCAUAAACAUCAGAUGGGAUCCUUCCUUGGAUGCAUGCACCACACUCACAGGGGAAAGGAGAACUCUCAGUACUUGUGGUUCUUGAGGCAAGGAUCAGACUCAGGCUUUGUAUGCAGAGAUAACAAAACACAAAGCUAAAAGCUCAUAUAUUUGAUUUUUCAGUGUUUCACUUAAAACAGAAAUAGUUUAUUUGCUGAGAUGCUUAUAAGAUCUGAGAGUAUCUAAUAUCUGCAAAUUUUAAUAAAUCUGUAAGCUGCCUCCCUCAUACACAAAUGGAAAUAAUAAACUGGGGGAAAUGCCUAUAGUAACUUGACAUAAAGGUAGAUUAAAUAAAGAUAACUUUAUCAUUGGUUAUAAAGAAAUUGGAAUAAAAAUGCAGAACAGAAAGGGCUGCUUACUCUG